GCUGAGGGAGGGGACUGGCCUCCUGCUUCCUGCAGCGACACGUGAUCAGGUUCCAAGAUGGCGCUACCCAGGGACCGGUGGCAGUUACGGCUCUGUCUCCUGUUUCUUUGCUUUUGUUUCAUAGGCGCUGUCCUUGUCGAUGUUGAUAAAUGCGAAGAACUGCGAAUCGGGCAAUACAUUUGUGAUAGUCCUAAGAUAAAUGAUGUAACACAAGAGCCAGAAAAUUGCACAAAUGAAACAGCUUUUGUUCCUUGUAUGCCAGCUCCUAAUAUUACCUGCAGAAAUUAUAGCGGCUUGGUGAAUACCUUCACUGGAAAAGAAGUAGGCUUCUAUAAGCCCCUUCCUUGCCGUAAUGUAUCUGGUUACUCUUAUAAAGUGGCAGUGGCCCUUUCAUUAUUCCUUGGAUGGCUAGGAGCAGACCGAUUCUACUUAGGAUAUCCAGCAUUGGGCAAAAUUAGGAAUUCUUCAGCCAUGGAGAGGAGGUGGUUGAACAGGAUUCUUGCAAUGACCUAUCCCAUGGCAGACAACACGGAGACCUCGCUGAAAUUAUCACCUUCUUUUCUUGAUGAAAGUAACAACUUUGCUUCUGACAUCAUCCAGCAUGCUUCUUCCUUCCAGAUGAGUAAGAUUGUGGGACCUGCUGAUGGUUCAAAUUACAUCAUAGAUUACUAUGGAGCAAGACUCACAAGAUUAGCAAUUGACAAUGAUACAUAUAGAAAGACACAAAUGGAACUAUGA